CGGAAGCGGAGCGGGGUUGGUCUGUGUUGGGGUGGGUUCUGCCGGCGGUACGGCUGGGUUGGCGUCGAGCCACCGGUUGUGGCGCUGAUGUGCUGUGUUGGGCGGUGAUUUGCUCGUAUACUCUUUCUGGAGCCUUUUCCAGCUCGGCUGGUUGAAGAAUAGAACUUUUGGCCCGAAUCCGAGUGGAAGCCGCCCUCUGCAGGAAAUCAGAUACGUGGAAAGAUGUCUGGGAAGCCAGUUCUGCACUAUGUCAGUGUCCGAGGCCGAAUGGAACCAGUGAAGUGGCUACUAGCAGCUGCUGGAGUUGAGUUUGAAGAAAAAUUUGUAGAAACAAAGGAAGAUCUCCAAAAGCUAAGGGCUGGUGGAUCCCUGCUGUUCCAGCAAAUACCCAUGGUGGAGAUUGAUGGGAUGAAGUUGGUGCAGACCAGAGCCAUCCUCAACUACAUAGCAGGGAAAUACAAUCUCUACGGGAAAGACCUGAAGGAGAGAGCCCUAAUUGACAUGUAUGUGGAAGGACUGGCAGAUCUGAAUGAGUUAAUCAUGUACCAUGACUUCAAACCUGCUAAUGAAAAGGAGAAAAAUCUUGCAAGUAUUUUCGACAAGGCCAUGAACAGAUACUUACCAGUCUUUGAAAAGGUUUUGAAAGACCACGGACAAGACUUUCUUGUUGGCAACAAGCUGAGCAGAGCAGAUGUGAAUUUACUGGAAACCAUUUUAGUGCUGGAAGAGUUCAAGCCUGAUGCACUUGCGAAGUUUCCUGUCUUGCAGAGUUUCAAAGCAAGAAUGUGCAGUAUGCCCAAUAUCAAGAAAUUCCUGCAGCCUGGCAGCCCGAAGAAACCACCUCUACAGGAAAAAGAAAUCCCAGCCCUGCUGGCAAUUUUCGAAUGAGCAGCAACCUACCUGCACUGUAACUCCAUUCCAUUGUCUGUGGUGUUUCCUGAGAAGCAAAGUGAAAUUAAUGAAAUUAGUUUAAUUUCAGUAGUUUCAUUUUUACACUGGCAAGGGUUAACUCUGUUUUCUUAAAUUUAACAUGUCUUAAAAACGUAGACUUUUCCAGAAAUAAAGUUGACAUUACAAUGUA